GCGGGAGCUGCGAGUCUGUGAGGGGGAGUCGGGUUGUGCCUGUGUCCCAGGGGGUGAGGGAGGCGGCUCUGAGUGCGGAACUCAGUCAGGGAGCCCGGUACCGAGUUAGUCAUGCCCCAGUGAGUGAGGGAGGGAGCCGGGUACUGGCAGAUGUGAACGCUAUAGAUAAAAGAAAGCUUUGGUUUUCCAUCAGUUGCUGAGAGAAGGAGUCUGGGGAAAGGAUGCUUCCAGCAGCUUCAGCAUUUUACUACGUGUGGGAGAUAAGCACUGGGCAAGUCCCGAUUGGAACCACGGUGCGCACCUUUGGCAGGCUCAGCAGGUACGAUCUGGCACAGUCCCUUGCCACAAUCACAGCCCAACAUGCCUCCGCCCAGCACGGGCUCCGCGUCAGCACCCGGUUUGUAGAGCCCUUCUCUGCCACCGUAGGCUCUCAUUACCUGGCACUGGGAGAACUGGAGGAAGAUGGCGGCGUUCCUGUGCUAUGUGUGCGCGUAAUGACCUGCAUCGAUGGAACAAACCUGUCUCUGCUUCAGCUGGCCAUGGAAGAGCAGAGAAAGUAUUUUCGGUGCAGAGAGGGAGCCUCAAAUGUGACCUAAUGGGAGGCAGUCUUGUUACCAGGCUCUCGCAGACUCAUGCAGGCAGUUGCAGUUGAAAGGUGAAUAAUGCAUAUUUGUGUGUUUUUAUCGAAACCUGUCUGGUUCUGGUACUUGUCCACAACCACAAGUGUUUGCCUGCUGCCUGUUCUGAACUACAACUACCAACGUACUACCAACACACUAAAUAGUGACUGGAUCGCCUAACUGGACAUCCUUCAUCUCUAUUUACUGGCCCCAUCAUUUACUUAAUUUCAUGCUGUGUGUUGCCUUCCUGUUACCUUUAUUUCUGCAUCCCGGGGAUGUUUUAUUCACACAUACAUAACUGGGGUAUUCUUAUGGGGUGUAUAAAAAAAUGGCAACCUUCUGGAUGUCUUCAUUACCCACUAUCUGUAUAAACUGCAACACUUAAUUUAGGAACUUUUGUGUUUUGUGCGUUUCUGAAUUGCGCAGCCAAUAAAACCAGAUAUUUUAUUUGUUUUAUUAGAUUUCCAUUGAAAUUAUAUAGUACCAUGCUUUGUUUUGUGUAUGGCUUGAAUGUAAAAUAAACCAUCGUGCUGGUAGAA